AUGGGUGACUGGAGCUUCUUGGGCAACAUCCUUGAGGAAGUGAAUGAACACUCAACGGUGAUCGGCAGGGUGUGGCUGACUGUGCUCUUCAUCUUUCGCAUCUUGAUCCUCGGCACUGCAGCAGAGUUCGUAUGGGGAGACGAGCAGUCGGAUUAUGUCUGCAACACGCAGCAGCCUGGUUGCGAGAAUGUCUGCUAUGAUGAGGCCUUCCCAAUUUCACACAUACGACUGUGGGUUCUGCAGAUUAUCUUCGUCUCUACACCAUCACUGGUGUAUGUGGGUCAUGCCGUGCACCAUGUUCACAUGGAAGAGAAAAAGAAGGAACGUGAGGAAGCAGAGCUGAGCCGGCAACAGGAGACAAGUGAGGAGCAUCUGCCAGUUGCUCCUGACCAGGGCGGUGUCCCUACAGCCAAAGAGACCAGCACCAAAGGCAGAAAGAAGUUCCGCUUGGAAGGCACACUGCUCAGAACGUACAUCUGCCACAUCAUCUUCAAGACACUCUUUGAGGUAGGGUUUGUCGUGGGCCAAUACUUCCUGUAUGGCUUUCACAUCCUGCCUCUGUAUAAGUGCAGCCGUUGGCCCUGUCCAAACACAGUUGACUGCUUUGUGUCCAGGCCGACUGAAAAGACUGUCUUCAUUAUCUUUAUGUUAGCUGUGGCCUGUGUCUCACUCUUCCUCAAUUUUGUAGAGAUCAGCCACCUGGGCCUCAAGAAGAUUCACUUAGCAUUUCGCAAACCUGCCCAGCCCCAAAUCGAGGGAGCUUGUGUGGGUGAGAAGCCUUCCAUAGCUGUGUCCUCUCUUCAGAAAGCCAAGGGCUACAAGUUACUGGAUGAAGACAGAACAGUUUCACAUUUCUUCCCCUUGACUGAGGUGGCUGGCAUGGAGACUGGGUGUGUGCCCACAUCCUACAAACCAUUUGGGGAAAAAAUUCAUGGAGCACCACAGGACAUGUCGAAGAUGUAUGACAAGACGUUGCCCUCUUAUGUCCAGACUACCAUGGCGGGGCCCAGAGGAGCUAGCGGCGUUAUUCGGGUGGACGAGGAUGAGGUGCCUGCAGAAGAAGAUGUGGAAGCCAGCGAGACAAUAGAGGACACCAGACCCCUUAGUAGCCUGAGCAAAGCCAGCAGCCGUGUGAGGUCAGAUGACUUGACAGUAUAAAAUUGGAUUAAAAUUCAACAAUAGGAAAGUGUAAUCCUACUGAAGAAAGAGCCAGAAUGUCUUAUGGCAGUUGUAAUGAAAGAUGUAAUAAUCUUACUAAGAUGACAUGCAAUAUUUUCCCCAAGAAUACUUGCCUUUAAUAAUCCUUAUUAGAGCAGUGUUCUGUAUCAAACAACUUGAAAUUAAUUAACUAAUCAGAAGACAGAUUCUCAGUAGGAUUCAUAUGGUGAUGAGCAAUAAGACAUGUUGCAGAUUAGCAACAACAACAACAAAAAAAUAACAUUUUCUCUCCAGAAAAUUUAAAUUUUACAUUCUGAUCAAAGUAGACAAAUUCUAAUGUUUACAUUUUUUCCAUUAGCCAUUUAGUUUAAUGCUAUUAUGUAUGUUUUAUUACUAUUGUGUUGGGAUUUUGGCGGAUUAUUUCUGCAAUACUGUCAGGGUAACAUCAUUUUCACCUCAAUAAUUCAAUACAACAACUGAUCAUUAAUGGUUUUUGUGUGUACUCUGCUGUCUGUAGUAUACUUGUUUCAUACAGUAUGUACUGUAUGUAAGGGGUGAAUAAAAUGGCAAGUUUUUAAAACACCAAAUUUUAUAUAUAACUAUAAAAAAGAUGAUAUGGUAAUUGUUAUAUGUGUAGCUUAAAAUGAGAUUUAACAAUUGUUUCUAGUCUCUCUGUGCAUGCAUACAUUAUGCUGAUAAAGAAUGUGCCAAAUAAGCAAACAAUAAUAAGAAGAAGAAAAGAUAAAAAAAAUAAAAAAAAGCAGGCACCAUAUACAACCGGGCAUCUUCAGUCUACAGAAAACAACAGCUGUAGCUGUAGGAGACAAUUUAUCUUAGCUGAUAAAUCAAGUUAAACCAACUGUAGCAUAGACAUAGACUACUGUACAUACUUGAUGUGUUGUAGCUAAUUGGUUUAAACUAUAUUUUACUUUUAUCUAAAAAAAAAAAAAAAAUCUUUCAAAACUUAGAU